AUGGCUUCGCUACAGAUCAGUGGCUCGGUUAGGUUCGAGCCGGUCGUGGGAUUUAACCGGAGUCGAUGUUUCCGUCCGAUCGGUAGUCUGGGUUUACCUCGUUUUCGCCGGAGAUUCUGUAUCGGACGACCGUUGUUUCUCCGCCGUUCUUCAUUCUCCGGCGACAAAUUUGGAGAGUCUGAAAAUGAUGAAAAGGGUUUUAUGAUUGACGCAGAGAGAGAUGGUUCUGGCUCUGUUCUUGGGUUUCAGCUCGUUCCUCCUGGUGAUCAAGAAAUGUUGAGUACUAGCAGUGGAGGAACUACACAUCAAGAAGAGAAGAAAGAGGUCAUUGAUGAAGCAGAGAUGGCAGACUUUGGUGUUCCUGGAAGUAGAGCUGUUGAAGAAGGAGCUGCUGAAGUUGGAAUUCCGAGUGGAAAAGCCCAAGUGAUUAACAACAUCGUUUUCGUUACAUCUGAGGCGGCUCCUUACUCGAAAACAGGAGGGUUAGGAGAUGUUUGUGGUUCUUUGCCAAUAGCUUUGGCUGGUCGUGGGCACCGUGUAAUGGUUGUUUCUCCUCGGUACCUGAAUGGAACAUCUGCAGAUGCUAACUAUGCAAGGGCUAAGGAUUUGGGUGUGCGGAUCACCGUUCAAUGCUUUGGAGGUUCUCAAGAAGUUUCCUUCUAUCAUGAAUAUAGAGACAGUGUUGAUUGGGUUUUUAUUGAUCACCAAUCCUACCAUAGACCUGGAAAUCCAUACGGAGAUAGUAAAGGAGCCUUUGGUGAUAAUCAGUUUCGGUUCACAUUACUUUGCCAUGCUGCGUGUGAAGCCCCUCUUGUGCUACCUCUUGGAGGGUUCACUUACGGAGAGAAAUCUCUYUUCCUUGUCAACGACUGGCAUGCCGGACUUGUUCCCAUACUUUUGGCUGCAAAGUAUCGCCCAUAUGGAGUUUAUAAGGAUGCAAGAAGUAUUCUCAUUAUACAUAACCUCGCUCAUCAGGGAGUGGAGCCAGCAGCUACUUACAGCAAUCUGGGAUUGCCAUCAGAAUGGUAUGGAGCGGUCGGGUGGGUGUUUCCAACAUGGGCAAGAACUCAUGCUCUCGACACCGGUGAAGCGGUUAAUGUUCUCAAGGGUGCUAUUGUAACCUCUGACCGUAUCAUUACUGUGAGCCAGGGCUAUGCGUGGGAAAUCACUACUGUUGAAGGUGGAUAUGGUCUGCAAGAUUUGCUUUCUAGUCGGAAGAGUGUUAUAAAUGGGAUCACGAAUGGAAUUAACGUUGAUGAGUGGGAUCCGUCCACGGAUGAACACAUUCCUUUCCAUUACUCUAUUGAUAAUUUGUCCGAGAAGGUGAAAUGUAAGAUGGCACUACAAAAAGAAUUGGGUCUCCCCAUUAGGCCUGAAUGUCCUAUGAUUGGGUUUAUAGGAAGACUUGAUUACCAGAAGGGCAUUGAUCUGAUCCAAACCGCUGGUCCUGACCUCAUGGUGGAUGACAUUCAAUUCGUGAUGCUUGGUUCAGGUGACCCAAAAUAUGAAAGCUGGAUGAGAAGUAUGGAGGAAACAUACAGAGACAAAUUCCGCGGUUGGGUUGGGUUCAAUGUUCCCAUCUCUCAUCGAAUCACGGCCGGCUGUGACAUUCUUCUGAUGCCAUCAAGAUUCGAGCCAUGCGGUUUAAAUCAGUUAUACGCAAUGAGAUACGGAACCAUUCCAGUCGUUCAUGGCACCGGAGGACUCAGAGAUACGGUUGAGAAUUUCAAUCCUUAUGCAGACGGUGGAGCUGGUGCUGGUACAGGGUGGGUUUUCUCUCCUUUGUCGAAAGAUGCCAUGGUGUCGGCUUUGAGGUUGGCUGCAGCAACGUACAGAGAGUAUAAAGAGUCAUGGGAAGGAUUGAUGAAAAGGGGAAUGAGCCAAAACUAUUCUUGGCAAAACGCUGCCGUUCAGUAUGAGCAAGUUUUCCAAUGGGUUUUCAUGGACCCUCCCUACAUCAAAUAG